CGCUCUUUGCAUGCAACAUCUACUAAGGCUCGCAUAUACAUAGGUCUUUGGCUUGACUUUUCGACCGACACAGUCCAGUCGUAGGGGGGGAGAAUGAAACUAACACCUUUGCGACAUCCUAAUAGUGUCACAGAAAGAAUGCGGGCGCAAGGCCUCCUAAGCCCUGGCGUAUCACAAGCUCAGCUGAAUGGCGAGCUUUUCCAGGAAAAUAAAAGGUUGAAGGAGCAGGUCGAGAUACUUCAACAGCGUCUUCGCGACUACGAUGAGUUUCACAAGGUAAUUUAUAAGCGGCGAUGUAAAGUUGCACCAAGUGUCAAUUUCAGGACUUUGUCACCGCUGCAGCGUGUCACGGACGAGGCGGAGGCUGCAGAUGCCUAUGCGACGAAGUUAUUGGCCGAUAAGGAGCGGGAGCUUCGGGACAUGAAGAUUUACGCAUUCGACCAUAAAUACGAACGGGAGCGGCUGGAUAAGAUCAACACGUCGCUGGCUGCUGAGAAGAAAUCUGCUGAGGACCAGCUCGUCAGCGUCAAGCAGCUGUUACAGGAAGCUCUCCAAAACGAUGAACAACGGCGGGCGUACAUCGCAUCGCUGGAAGUUCAAAUGACCGAAGAGAGAAAGGCGCUCACCGCGGCGAUGCAAGAGCUACAGGCGCAACGCCAAGAGGUUGCCACCAAGGAGCGUGCCAUAUCCGCCGAGCUGGAGCGUGUCAAGGGCACUAAGUGCGAGCUGCUGGAUCGCGAAUCUCAGCAAGUCGUCUCGGCUAAGCGCAUGGCAGAGCAAGCAGCUGAGCUGGCCAGACGCGAGGCUGCGGUUCUAGCACUGGAGGCGGCAGCGACCGCGAAGGCGGCAGCACAAGCUGCUCAGGACGCGGAAUUGGCAGUGCAGGCGGCGGAACUGGAAAAGCGGGAGGCUGAGCUCAAGGAAGCAAAGGCGGAGCUGGGGAGGACAAUCCAAUCGAAUCAGGCUCUAGCUCGUGCUCUUGAGAAGGAGAAGAGCGAGGUAGAUCUCGUCUCCAAGAACAAUCGCAUCCAGACGACGUUGUUGGAAGAACGUUUUAUGGAGUAUAAUGUCAAGCUCAAAGAGUUGCGCCAGCUUGAAGCGAAGCUGGACGCUGACGCGAAAGAGCUGACCUUACAGAAGCAGAACCUGGCUUCGGCGGAAAAAGCCCUCGCAAUCCGUAACGAUGAGGUGCAGCGCCGCGAGAUUGACCUGGAGACGGCGUUCGCGAGGCUUCAGGAUGUCGAGACAAGAAUUGUCCAGGAGCAGGCUGCGGCCGAGGAAAAUCGAAGACAAUUUGAGGAGAAGGCUGCCGCUGUCAACACCGACUUGGCGCGUCUUGAAGCCGCUCGUCGCGAGCUGGAGGAGCAGCGCGCUCGUCUAGAUGAACAGCGCCACGACCUGGAGGACUUCAGUACCCAACUGCAAGCUGAUAAGGCGAACUUCAAGGCGUGCAAGGAAGCUGCCGAGUCCCUGUUGGCGCGGGCAGAUAAUUUGCGUUUCGACCUGGAGCAGCGAGAAGCAGCAGCUGCAGGGGCGAUGGCUGCAGCUUUGGUGGAGGCUGCCGCAGCUCAGGAGGCUGCAAAGGACGCUAAUAGCGCUUUGCAAGAAACGCGGCAGCGUGCAUCGAGUCUUGCCGAAGCAGAGGCAGCGUUGCAAACCGAGAAGGUGCAGGUGGACGAGCUUAACCAGAAGGUGGUGGCCGAGCUUGAGGCAGCACUGGCACGCAAGCAUGCACUUGAUGAGCGGGAGGCAGCACUCAGCGAACUUUCACAAAAGUUAAACGAGAGCACCAAAGAGCUGGAACGGCGGCAAGUCGAGCUCGCGAAGGUGGCGGAAGACUUAGCUCACCGCGAGGCACGUAUUAAACCACAGGAAGAUGAACUCAAGGGCCGCAUGGUUACCUUGGUUGCCCGGGAGCGCGACGCAGCCGACCUGGACAGGGAGGCCAGUAAGAAGCUCAAGACGUUGGAGGACCGGGAAGCGGCUCUGCAGAGGCGCGAGGAGGCGGAGCGCGAAAACGCGCCGAAAGGGAGUAAGGCUGCCAAGCGGGAGGCCGAAUUGCGUGCACGGGAGGCCGCAGCUGAGAAACGUUCCUUGGAGCUUGAGAAGCUCGCUGCGGACCUUCAGGCGCGUGAGGCAGAAGUAAAGCUAGCAGAGGAGGAGGCAAUCGCAAGGAAGGAGGCCGCCACGCAGGCAGCCGCCUCUAUGCGGGCUGAAGCGGAUGCAGCAGUGCACCGAGCUGAGCAGGCCCAGGCUGAUUUACAGGUCCUCCAUGAGCAAGUGGCUGCCUUUUUGGCCCAAGAUAAGGAGCUGCAGGUGGCAUUGCAAACUGACAGAGUGGAGCUUGUCGGCUUGCAGGAACUUCUGCAACAGAAAAAGGUGGAGCGCGAAAACCUAGAAGUGCAGGUCCAGAAGCUUCAUGAAGAGUUACGGCUUGUGCAGGAGGCUCUAGAGCAGCAGCAUGCUGCAUCCGCUGGGGGAGAUGAUGAACUCAGCAACUUGCGGAAGGAGCUGGACGACCUUCGCGUGCAGCUUGAAGACCUCCAAGCUGAGCGCAGCAUUUCGGAUGAACGCAUCCGUGCUAUGGAGAAAGAGCUGGCAGCAGUGAAGGCAUCCUCGCCUAGACUAAAUAGCUCCAAACAGCCUACUCCUGUGGACUCACCGUUGCAUGGUGCUGCGGGAGCAACGGUGGCUGCAGCGGAUGGUGCUGAUGUCACCGCAGUGCUUGCGCCCGGUUCGGUGCCCGCUGAUGAAUCAGCACGAAUGGACGCCUCGGCGCCCAUGGACGCGGCAAUCCCUGCUCCAUCGCCGGCUCGCGCGACACGCAGUCGAGUUAGUCGCGACUCCAGGGCCGAACAGCAAGCUGCAGCGGCGGCCACGACCGCCACGGCCGAAACGGGAGGCAAAUAUACGCGCGCAACGAGGUCAUCAAGCAGGAUUGCUGCCCCGCCCGCCGUGGGCGUUAUGGCCGCUGCCGCUACCCCGUUGCCAUCGGACAGUGGAGAGCCGCGCGUGACGCGUGGGCGUGUAUCUACACGCAGUACCCGCACACAGGCACAGCCGGAUGAGGCUGAGGUGGACCAAAAGACGACAGCAUCUAAGGCGGCAAAUCCCAAGACUGCUGCAUCGAAGGACAGCACGAAGCGGCGGCGCGAGAGUGACGAUGGCGAUGCCACGGCAAAACGCCGCAAGUCAGGCAGUGGCAAGCAUUUGGGCAUCCUGGACGACUAAUUCGCAUGGUCAAUGGGUCCCCGGUGAUCCCUAAAUUAGCACGUUCUGCUGCAGCUCAAGCCGUGAUGAAUUGAUGUCUGCUGAAAUUGGAUAUGGGAAGGGCUCAUUCUGCGUAAUGCAGGAUGCAGUGUGUCUCAGCAGGGAUGGGGUAUCGGUGGAAGGGGACUAUUUUCGGUGUACAAGGCGCAUGUACAAGGCGCAUGUGUCUUCUAUGUGUCUUCUAUGUGUCUUCUAUUUUAAAACAGAUUAUUAGGCGACUGCAUGCAUGCCGUUUUUACCAUUAAGGGUAUUAGGGUGCUAGGGUACGCGGCCUAAGCGACGUUCGAUACGGCAGUGUGUACGUUCAACGGCAUGUGAUGGCUUGGACGUGGUGUCGGAUUUUGGGUAAGACCCAUACAUAAUAGUGAGCAGGUUGCGAUAUCUUGUGGCUGACGACUGUCGUACAGGGAAGUUUUUCCUUGUGCCCAGCGUGAUCGACCGAUGUACAUUGAUCAACAAAUUAUCAAAAAGCCAGCGGCUAGUUUCGCCACUGCAUGGGUACGGAGAUGUGUACCUUGGAUUUAUGGAUCGAUUAAGGUAUACAAUGAAAACUUUAGAUGGAUGGC